AUGUCCUUAUUUCUGCUUUUAUUGGUUCAUUACUUAAGUAGUCUGGAAGUUAAAGAAAUGGAUUCAUUAUAUUAAUAUAGUUAAUAAUCAAUUGUAUUGUAAGGAAAUACCCAAAUCUCAAGUGCUUUUAGAUAUGGAUUAUGGUCAAAAUAUAAUCCUUUAACAAGCAUUCUUUAAGUUGGAAGUGUAGGUUUAUUUGAUAGUAAUUGUUUCCAUUUGCAUAGUGCAGUUGAAGAAUUAUCCCUAAGUCUUAAUCUAAUAUAUUAUGAUUGCAUAGAUGAUUCUUUAAAGAAAAUCUCUAAAACAAUUGCAUUUAUUGAUAAUAAUGAUAUGCAAAAUUCAUUUACAAUAGAUAUAGAUCCUUUUGAAUAUGAAAAUAUAUGGUAUUUUUUUGAAAUUUUAUAAUGGCCUUUUUAAGAAAGAUUUGAAUUAUUGUUUAUAUAUUAAUAGAAAACAAUUCGUAAGCAAUUAUAAAUUAAACAACCUUUUAAAGAUUAAUAUUUAAAGUUGAUUUUUGGAGGUAGCAUGAUAGUAAAAUAAUCAAAGAUUUAAACAAUCUCUUCAGGUACAAGAUUUUCUUAUUUUCCUGGUAAAUUGAUUAAAGUUGAAUAUGAAUAUGGUGAGAUUUCAAUAGAUGAUGAUCAAGAAGAGUUGGCAAGAAUAACUUUUGAACAAUACUAUAUUUGUAAUUGUAAGUUAAAUAAAAUAUUAAGAUUGAAUGAUAAUUCUAUGAAAUAGUUGGAUAAUUUAAUUUUUACUUCAGAGAAUAUUAAUUGCAAUUCAUUUCUAUUAUCUGGAUGGUUGAAAAUUACUGAUAUUAUUUAGAAUUAAGAUGAAUUCAUUUAUCAAUUCCUUAUGCUUUCAUCUAAUUUCUAAAAUUAAUUAUCUCAAAAAUCCUUAUCUCCAUUUACUUUAUCAUACAAAAUUUCUCCAUUAAGCAAUUAAAUAAUUGUUACAACAUAUAGUUAUAUAUUUCCAUCAGUCAAAAUUAAUAAUUCUGAUAAUGAUCAUUAAAUAAUUUAAAAAGAAUUUGAUAUUUUAAAUAGUAUAACUCUUUGGUAAAAGUUAACAAUAUAACUUAUUGCUGACUAAUUGAUAAUUAAUAUUAAAUUUUAUGAAGAUUAUAAUAUUUAUGAAUAUAAUACCUAAGAGUAAGUAAAAUAAUUUUCUUGUACUUAAUUUAAACUUUAGUAUGGUAAUAUCUAAUAAUAGAUAAUGAAUUACUUAAAUAUUUUAUUUAGAAACUUUUUAUUCAACAAUUGUGAUACAGAUGAUAUUUAUUAAAUUUGUCAUUAUAGUUGUUAAGAAUGUGAUGGACCAUCAUAGAAUAAUUGCUUAUCAUGUACAAAAUAAAGAAUUUAUUUACAUGAAUACAAAGCAUGUGUUUGUCCAUUUAAUACUAUUGAUUAAGAGUCUUGUAUUUCUUAUCUAGAUUCAGGAUUAGAAUUAUCAAGUGUAUAAAAGAUAAUGCCUAAAUGUAAAUAUGGUUAUUUUGAAUAUGAAAAUCUUUGCAUACGUUGGUAAAUUAUAUUAAAUUAAUAUACUAGUCCUUCUAUUAUUAAUAAUUAAGUGGCCACUUGUUAAGAAUGUUUGUAGAAUCCUAGUAAAUGGAGUAAAGAACCCUAUUGUGAAAAUGAUUUAUUCUUUAAUUAAAAUGGUGAUGUUAAAACUAAUAUAUGGUAUGGUUAUAGUGUUUAUUUUCUUUUUGAUGAAAAUGAUUUGAUUUAUUGUAAAAAAUGUAAUAGCUCAUACUCUUUUAUUGUUGAUGAAUAUGAUAUCAAUAGUUAAAUCACUUUAGAAUAACAAUUUUUUUAUUUUUUAGAUACAUAUCCUGGUUGUUAUUAAAGUUUAAAAAGUAUUGAUGGUUUUUAUUGUAUAUCAUGUUAUCAAUCUUAUAAAUUGAUUGAUGGUAAUUGUACUUUAAUUAAUGGAGAUUCUAAUUAAUUAGUUUGUUUGACUCCAUACUAUCAAACUUUCUAAAGAAAAUGCAAUUUAUGUUCAAUACUUAAUUGUAAAUACUGUUUUGAAUAUUAAACAAAUGACUUAUCUAAAUGUACUCUUUACAAUAACUUUGAAAAUUUUGACUCAGAUCAAGAAAUUAAAAUUGGAUGUGCAUUAUGUGAAUAUAAUUAUAUUUUUGAUUUUGAUGCUGGAAUCUGUGUAUUUAAUACUCCAAAAAUAUCAAAUUGUUUAAGAUCUUAUAUUUAUCAUGAUUAAGAAGUCUGUACAUUAUCAUAAAUUGAUGAUUUCACUUUAGCUCCAGAAAUAAUUAAUUGUCAAAAUUAUUAACCAUAUUGUUUAUAAUGUAUUUAAUCUCCAGAAUACAAAAUUAAAUGUAUCAUCUGUCAGAUUGGAUAUAUAACUUCUAUUACAACUGGAGGAUGUUAUUUGGCUGAUUAAUAUAAAGGAUGGGGAGUUAAAAUUAUGAUUGAAGGUGUUUAAAUUUUGAAAGAUGGAUGGAUAUAAAGAAUUCAGAGUUUCAUGAUGAAAUUCCUACCCAAUAAAUAUUUUUACUUUCAAGCUAAACUUGAUUAAAUAGUUGAAUAAAUGAUAGUCGAAUGCAUAGAGGGUUAUUAACUUGUCUCUACUUACUAAUGUUCUAAAUAUUGUGAUCCUUCAUGUUUGAAUUGCAAAUAUGAUUUUGAUAUAGGUUAUUAUUGUAACAGAUGCCCUUUAAAUUAAUAAUAUUAACCUAUUAGAGAUUAAAUAAAUGGCAAAUGUUCUGAAUGCAGCUAACUUUGUUCACUUUGCUAAAUAAGAACAAAUGAUGAAAUAAAUGUAUAUAUUAUUUAUUUAAGUUUCAGAAUUAUCAUCCAAAUUUUAUAAUAAAUGAUUAAAAUUUCAUUUAUACUAAAAAGUGUUUAAAAUAGGUUUAAGAUCCUUAGAUCUAUUUAGAUCCAUAUGAUUAAAUUGCAAAGUAUUGUUUUGAUUAAACAUGCUCAUCAAUGUUCUUGUAUCAGAAAGAAAUUAAUUAUUGUUAUUGGUUUGAUAUUUUGUGGUAAUAAGACAUAAAUAUUGAGUAUUUCAAUAAAUUGGGCAUUGAUAGUUUGAUUAUUUAAUUUAUUUAUACUAGUUUUUAGGAAAUAUGUGUAUUGCCUAACUUUUAAAUUGAUAGUUUACUUAAAACAAAGAUCUUUUCACUUAAAUUCAUUCAUUUCAUUUUGAGUUGCAGAAAAGGUAUGAUAUUAUAAAUGACUAAUAUAAUUACUUUGAAUAAUAUUGAUAAAUUGGAGAUUAACUAAAUUAUUUUUAGAAACAUCUUUACCUUUUAUUUUUACAUUUAAAAUAAUAAUGCAAAGACUGAAUUACAUUUAUUUAAUGUUAGUUUUUUGGAUACUUAAAUAAAAGAUACUAAAUCUAUCUUUUAAAGUUAAAUAUUUGGUGAUGUGAAAAUGAUAAAUGUUUAAUUAUAGAACAUAGAAUUUCAAAAUUCUUCAUUUUUUAAUUUAACAGAUUUCUAUAUUUAAGGAAUUGUAAUCAUAGAAAACUUUACUAUUCGAAAUUGUACUUUUUAUAAUUCAAAUAUCUUUUAAUUUAUCAAUAAUAAAGUUGUUUUGUCUGUUAAACAUCUUCUUAUAGAAGAAUGUUCAUUCAAAAAUUCCUAUAUUUAUUUUAUUGAUUCCAAUAUUUAACAAUUAAGUAAAUUAGAUUUUGAUAAUGUUACAAUUAAGUAGAGUAAUUUUUUAAACUCAAGUCUUUUAAAUUGUAACAAUUAUGUUUCACUUUCCAUAAUUAACUUUUAAUUUCAAUAGAAUAUAUUAAUGUCAUCUAAUUUUUUUACUUCUAAUUAUAAUUUAUCAUUUUCACAUAUUUAAAUCAUAAAAAACUAGUUUUAAGAAUCACAAUUUAUUUUUAUAAUUGAAAAGAAUGAAAAUAUAUCAAUUUUUGUACUUAUAGAUUAAUUUGAGGCUUAAGAUAAUUAAUUAUAGAAUUCUAAAUUUUUGAAAGUAUAAACUAAUUAAGAAUCUUGCCAAGUUGAUUUAGUGAUAAGUAAUUUAGUGUUUAACGAAAUAAUAAGUGUUAAUAAUUCAGAUAAUAAAUAAUAUCUCUUUAAAAUUAGAUGUUUUAAAUUAAAGAUUAAGGAUUUGAUUUUUCGUAACCUUAAAAAUAUACUCGUUUUUAACAUAUUUGAAAGUAAUGAUAUAAUAUUUUCAAAUAUAAUUUAUGAAAAUUCUGCUUAAAUUUAUUAAUUGCCAUUUUCACAUUAUUGUCAAAAAAAAAUUAAUGAAAAAAACCAAUUAAUAAAAAUAGAGAAUUUUUAUACUUUAAAUAUUAUUUCUGUUUAAAUUAUCAAUUAAUUUACUAUUGAUUAAUCUUUUAUUGAUUUAUAAUAGAAAAAAGAAUUUAUUAAUUUUUCAUAAUUAGAAAUUACUAAUCUUACUUUUAUUGGAAAUUUAUAAAUAUUUAAAGAAUCCCCUAGAUCCUUUUCACUUUUAGCUCUCAAUACAGAAUGGAGUAUUGAUGUUCAAUUAAAUAGAAUUAAAUUUUUGGAAAAUUGUUUUCACUCUUUAGCUGAGAGAUUUUUAUAAUCUUAUGCUUCUUUACUUUUCUUUAAUAUUAAAUCGAGCAAUAUUUAAAUCUCUAAUUUUUUGUCUGAACAAAAUGCAUUUAUAAAUUCAUCUAAUUCUUUUGUUUAUAUCAAUUCAAAAAUAUUAAUUAUGUAAAAUUUACAAAUUUCUAAUCACAAUGUAUUAACCUAUUAAUUAUGGGAAAGGUUUUAUGGUGUAAAAUUAGAUUAAUUCCUUAAUUAAUAACAAAUCAAUCAAUUUGCUUUUUAAACUUUUAAUAUAACAAAUAUAGGAGGAGUAGGUUAAAUAACAGCAUCCAUGUUUACUUGUUUAAAUUGCAAAUUUUCUAAUAUUCUAGCAUCUAAGAGUGCCAUUUUUGAAAUUAAUACAGUAGAUUUUGGUAUAAUAAAACUAAUAUAAAUAAUGGCUAAUGAUAUAAUAAGUGAUUUAAAAUAAGUAUCUAAUAGUUCAGGUUGUAUUAGCAUCAACUCUUAAAAUAGUCUUUUAGAUAUUAAAAUUUAACAAUCUGAGUUUAAGAAUAUAUUUAAUAGAAUGUCAUCAUCUAUUUUAUCGAUAUAACCAUCUAAGAUUUCAAAUAUGAUUAGUUUAAUUGAUAUAUAGAUUUAUGAUUGUCUAUCUUUAAUGAAUCAAAUACUUAUAGUGUAAUUCUCCAACAAAAUCAUUGAUAAAAAUAAUUUAGAAAUACAUAAUAUUAUAAUAACAUAAAAUAAAGAUUCAUGGAUAUCAUUAUUUUCUUAAAUGGGAAAUAUAAGUUUUACAGAACUAUUAGAUAUUUCAAGUAGCUAAAAUUCAUUAUUUUAUAUUGAAAGUUGUUCAAUAUCAAUAAUUAAUAUUAGUUUAGAAGGUCUAUAUUUAUCACCAAUUUUGAAUAUUGUAAAUGCACCAAAAUUAAAACUCUCAAAACUAUAAAUCAAAUAUUUAUAAAGAUUUUUCGCUUUUAAUUUGAUAAUUAUUAAUUAAAUGAUAGAUAUUGAAUCUAAGGUAGUUUUGCAUUAAAUUAAUAUUUUCAAUAGUUCAACAUAUCAAGCAGGUCUUCAAAAGAUAAUAUUAUCAGACUUCAAUUUUCUAUUUAAUUUAUGUGUUGUAAUUGCUAAUUAAACAACAAAAGGAUCAGAAAAUUAACCAUUUUAUUUUUUAGAUGAGAUUCUUAAUACAAUGGAAAAACAUACAUAAACUUUGCCUUCAUUAAUUUAUAUUUAAAGUCUAUCUAAAAAGCAUUCUUUCUAUUUUAAUCAAUUAGAAAUAUUAAAAAAUGAUUGUAAACAUUGCAAUAAUGGAUUGAUUUUAUUUAAUUUACUAACUUUCUACAAGAUCAAAAUAUAAGAACUAAAUUGUAAUUUCAAUAUUAUAAAAUAAUAUGGAUGCUUAAGAAUUUUAGAUGAAAAUUAAAAAUCUUUACCAAUUCAAUUAUUAAGCUCUAAUUUUAUUUAAAAUAGUGGAAGUUAAGGUAUUGCAAUCUCAUCAAAUAGUCCAAUUAUUAUCAAAUAUUGUAAAAUAAUAUAAAACAAAGCCAUCAUUAGAGGAGGAGGCAUUUAUUUACAACUUAAUAGUAAUUAAUUUUUCAUUCUAAAUUCGAUUAUUAUUUUGAAUCAAGCAAAAGAAGGUGGAGGAAUAUAUUUUAGUGGAAACAGUAAUUUAAAUCAAAAUAAUUUUAAUUAAACAUAUUUGCUUUUUAAUUAAGCUUAUGAUUAUGCUAAUAAUUUAGUUGAAAGUCCUACACAUUUAUCAUUAUUUAUAAAUUCCUUAGAAAUGCAAGUAGAUAAAUUCAAAUCUGAAUAAACUUAAACAAAUAUUUUAAGGAUUUUUCCUUAUUUCACAAUAGAAUAAGAAGUUAAAAUAAAAACUUCUUAUUUAAAGAUUCCUAGUGGCCAAACAAUUUAGGAUUUCUAACUUUCUAUUCCAAAAUUAUCAUAAAGCUAUAAACAGAUUAAGUAGAUAGAACUGAUAUUUAAAAAUAAUUUAAAUGAAUAACAGAAAAACCUUAUUAAUUCAACUUGCUUUAUAAAUGAAAAGAUUGUGAAAAGGAACGAAGAAUAAAUUGAUGGAAAUAGCCAAAAUUUAUAAUUAUUUUAUAAUUAUGAAAAAAAUAAUUUUGAUUUGAGUUCCAUUUCUUUUACAAUUGAUCCAUAUAAUAAAGAUUACAAGUAUUUAGAUAUAAGUAUUAUUUGUUAAAAUUAAGAAUAUAAAAAUCCUUUAAAAUACAUAAUCUAAGCCAAAAGUUAUAAAUGCUAACUUGGAGAAUUCUAUGUUGAUAAUAGAUGUUAAAUAUGUGAAUCAAAUUAAGGAUUUUAUUCUGUAACAUAUGAUUCAAUUAAAUGUUCUAUAUUUGAUAAAGAGAAAUUUUAGGAGAUAACUUCAAAUCAAAUUAAGUUACUAGAAGGUUAUUGGAGACCAAAUUAUUUAUCAGAUUAGUCUACUUUAUGUUUUAAAAGAACUAAGUUUUGCUUAGGAGGUUGGAAUGUUGGAGAUGCAAUUUGUAGUGAAGGACAUGUUGGUGCCUUGUGUGAAGAAUGCGAUAUUUAUAAUGUUAAAGGAAAUGGAAAAUUCAUAAAAAAUUAAUAAAAUUCUGAAUGUUUUCUUUGUUUUGGAAUUCAAAAUAGCAUUAUUCCUUUUAUUUUAAAUACAGCCUGGUAAAAUUUAUAAUUAAUAUUAGGGCCAUACUUUCAAUAAUUCUUACUUUAAAAAGUAUUGGAAAAUCAAAUGAUCUAUUCUUAUUAUAUAAAAUAUAAGGAAGUUUUAAUUAAAUUCUUUUUAAAUUAAAUUAAGGUAUACUAUUUAAAUAUUGUAGAUCUUGAAGGUAUUCUAAUAAAAAUGCUUAUAAAUUAUUUAUGGAUCUUUUCAGUGAUAUUCACAUUAAAUAUUAGCUUUUCUUUUUAGUUCAAUUUUGUUGAUUAAGCUAGUAAUUAAUCUUAUUCAAUGGCUAAUAAUUUAGAUUGUUAUUUAUCUGAAAUAGUAGAUAUUUAAUUAAUAUAUUCAAAAAUAAUCCUCAUUUUGAUAUUGAUUUUAAUGUAAUUUAUGAUUAUAAUUUUUGGAUUGAUUAUAUUUUCAAUUAUCAUUAAAUCAAAAUUUAAAUUAAAUAUCAUAUCAAAUACUUUACUUUGUUUAUAUAUAUUUAAUUAUGCAGGAUUUAUCAAAAUGUACACUAUUUAUAUUAAAUUAGGUUAUGCUCUUUGGUUUCAUAUAGAGAAAUAUCUACUAUUUAAUAUAUAUCAGGAGAUUUAACCUUAAAAUUUAAUACAGAAACUCAUCAUUAAUGGAUUGUUUAUUUAGUUCUUCCUGGAUUAAUUAUUUUUGGCUGUUUGAUUCCUCUCUCAUUAUUUUUAUUAAUGUAUUUUCAUAGAAAUGGAUUAGAUAAUUAUAUCUUUAGACCUCACAUAUGUUAUCUUUAUAAUGAAUAUGAAAAAGAGAGUUAUUAUUGGGAAUAAAUAAAAUUGAGUAAAAGAGCUAUUAUGAUCCUAAUUUUGACAUAUUUUGAGACAAAAAUACAUUUGAAAGCAUCUUUAAUUGGAUUGAGUCUGAUUAUUUAUCAAUUAUUAGCGAUUAAGAAAAAGCCUUACAUUAUUACAAAAUUUAAUAAAUUUGAUUUGUAAACAGGUUAAAUUUGUUCAGUAUCUAUAUUUUUGUCUGCUAUAAAAUAUGAAAGUGAAUAAUUAAAUAAUAUAGUUAUAUCCCUAGCUCUUUAAAUUUGUUUAAUGGUAUUGUUUGUAAUGAUCACAUUUCCAUUUAUUGAUAGCAUAGUAAAGAUAUACUAAAAAAAAUAUAAACUAUUGAUUUUGAAAUCUUUAUAUUCAAUUUUCAAAUACUUCAGAUUGUAAUAUGUAUCAAAAAAAUUCGAAGUAAUAUUAUAGGAAAAAUGUAAAAAAGAACAAAGAAUCAAAGAUAAUUUCUUAAAAUUAAGAAGGUUCCUUUUGAUUGUUUCAAAAAUAUAAAUUAAAAAUAGACCGUAUCUAUUUUAAAUAUAUUUAGUGCUAUUCAAACCACUAUUAAUUCAAUCCAUAACUAUCAACAAAAAUUACUAAGCACAGAUAUCCAAGGCUAGUCGAUGUUAUUAACUGGAUAAAGGUUGGAGUGA